AUGUUUAAUUUUCUUUCAAUCAAUUACAAAUAGGAUGACUUUGUAAAAGGUUUUUAGAAGGAAUCUUAAACUAUAAAUACAGGUUUGUGGAUAGAACACUAUAAAAUUAAGUCCGGAAAAGAUUUUAGUCUAAUUGCCCUAUAAUAGAUAAAUAAUUAGGACCUUGAGAUAGGACUCUAUAAAAUUACAUCACAUUUUGAUUUAGAUAAAAAAAUUUAUUAAAAGUUUUGCAAAUAUGAAGGAAAAUACCAAUAUUGUAAAAUAUCGAAAAAGUUGGAAGAUUUUUUCUUAAUAAUUAACUCAAAUUCAAGUUUAAUUCAUUUCAACAUUCCCAAUAAUGAAGAAAUUGAGAUUAAAGCCAGAUAAGACUAUCUAUUUGAAGGAUUAAAGCUUGCCAAUAAUUAGUCAAUCAUGAUUUUACUUUCAAGAAGCAAAGUAAAAAAGGAUAUUCAAAUAGAAUUAAGAAGUAUCUAGAAUUCAAAAGUAUUGUUGUAAGUCUAUAGUUUAUGUUCGGAUUGGAACUUAGAACGUCUCUCUCUUUAAAAGAUAGAUCUAAAUAAUAUGAUUUCAGUUACUAUGGAGCAACAUCUUAUCCAGGAUUAUGUAAUAUUUAUCAAACACAUAAUCAAUAAAAAGAUAGUAAAGACUCAGAUAAUUAACACCUUUAAUAAUCAUUUUGUUGAUAGCAAAAUUUAUACAUUACAAGGCGUAGAUUGUAUGUUCUCUUUCAAUAGCUAUUCUAAAGUGUUUAAAUUGUAAAUUAUGAAGCAUCAAAAAAUAUUGAGAUAAUUGAAUAUGAGGUUGUGUGAAUUUUACCAUGUUGUUGAUAAGAGAAUGAUUGUACUAUGUGAAAAAGUAGGACUUUCAAGAUUUAGAAUAUUUCGAUACGAUAUAAGAACAGGAAAUUAAUUUGAUUUUUGUUAAAAUGAUGAUGUUAUUAGUAAUAUUUAAAAGUUGAAGUUGGAAAUGAAUAAAUUAUCUCUAUGUAAAUAUAUUUGGUAACCAAAAAAUUAAGUUUAAGAUUCAAUGAUUAAUUUGCAGAAGAAUUGA